AUGGGGCUGCUGUCUUGGUGGAGAGGGAAGGAGCCGCCGCCGGCAACGACCGGAGGCAAGGUCGCCGGUGCGAAGGCGGAGGCGCCGGCGGCGAGGAGCGCGGGGGCGGAGGCCACUGGGAUGAACGGGGCGGAGGAAGUGGUCCGCCGGCCGUCGGAGGUGACGGUGUUCGAGUUCGGAUCGGCGGCGGCGUCCGGCGACCGGGUGACUCUGGCAGGAUAUUGCCCCCUGUCGGAGGAGCUCGAGCCGUGCCGCUGGGAGAUUCUGCCGGCCUCCGGAGCCGACGCCCCCCAGUUCCGGGUGGUCUUCUGA